AUGGGUUCUCAUAGGGUCCACCGGCCGCCGCAGCAGCUGCUGUUUUUGCUUGUCCUGCUGGGCGCAACCGCGUUGACGGAUGCAAUCAACGCAAAUAAAGCCAAGAAACAUGUUCUUUUGGGAGCUGAUGAAGGACUGGCAACACAACACGGAGACAGCAGCGGCCUGAUUCAUGUGCCACUCCAUUUUCUGCCACAGCAGAUUCAAGCCGCAGGGACAGCUGCCGCAACUUCAAGACCAAUUGGCGCCGAGCUGUCGCGUAUUGCUGACAAUGAAGAAGCAUCCUUUUUAUAUCACGGCCAGUGGGCGCUACCCAUGGAGUCCAAGCAGACCCGCGGCAUGUUCAAUUGGUACACUAACCCUUACACUUACGUAAUUGUUGGAGGGCUGGUAGGAGCCUUCGUGGGCCUAGGUGUCUGGUGCAUCGUCGCUUCUUACGCGUACAAAACGUGA